AUGGCUUCCUUCAGAAUUUCCAAACACACCAAGGCUAAUCUUCUCCUCCUCCUUCUUGCUCUAUUCCUUUCCUCAUACCAACUCUCUCGGCUUGCUGCGGCAGACCGCGGGCUGAUCCAAAUCGUCUGCCACGAAUCCGACGCGCCGGAAGUCUGCGUCCAGUGUCUUAACUCUGACCCGGGUGCUGAAUCGGCGGACAAAGUGGGGCUCACCACUAUAGUGGUAAACUGCCUAAACAACCAUGCUGAUUCCUUGGAGGACAAAUUGUCAAACAUGUCUUCUGUGUCUAAAGAUCAGUCUUCCAAAGAUGUUCUCAUGGAAUGUAGUAAAGGGUAUUUGGAUUCAAAGAAGGAUCUCUUAUCUGCAAUUGUGAGUCUCAAGAGCGAUGACUAUGAUAAUGCUGAGAAGUUUGUGACUGCGACACUUUAUAGGCACUUUUCGUGCCUUUGGAGUAUUAAGAAGAACAAAGUGGUCAAAAUCUCAAGCAAAGUUGCUUGUGAAAUGAGGAUUUAUGAAGAUCUUUGCCAGAUUGCAGACAGAAUGAUUGAACGACUUUAG